ACAACCAAAUUAAUUAACCCUACUGGUUAUUCCGUUGCCAACUCCAACAUCUCGUCAAUGGGGAACGGCGGCGAAGCCUCAAGCUCAACUACCACCUCCACACUCUCCCAUGGUGUUCUCAAAAAAGUCAUCCUCGUAUAUGCAUAUGUAGCCCUAUGGAUCUUCCUCUCCUUCACCGUCAUUGUUUACAACAAGUACAUUCUCGACCCCAAAAUGUACAACUGGCCUUUUCCCAUUUCUUUAACUCUAAUUCACAUGGCCUUUUGUUCUACUCUGGCUUUCGUUCUCGUUCGAGUCCUCAAAUGUGUUGAGGUGAAUUCCCUCCCCAUGACUCGCCAAAUCUACAUGGAGUCGGUUGUCCCCAUUGGAGCUCUCUAUUCCCUCUCCCUCUGGUUCUCCAACUCUGCCUACAUUUAUUUAUCUGUUUCCUUCAUCCAAAUGUUAAAAGCUGUAAUGCCCGUCGCUGUUUACUCCAUUGGCGUGCUCUUCAAGAAGGAGAAUUUCAAGACAAAUGUUAUGGUUAAUAUGCUCUCCAUAUCGUUCGGUGUGGCCAUUGCUGCUUAUGGCGAGGCUAGAUUCGAUAUUUGGGGUGUCUUUUUACAGUUAGGAGCCGUUGCUUUUGAAGCUACAAGAUUGGUUAUGAUUCAGAUUUUGCUUAACUCAAAGGGUAUUAGUUUAAACCCAAUUACUUCACUUUACUAUGUUGCACCUUGUUGUUUCGUGUUCUUAUUAAUGCCCUGGAUGUUCAUGGAGUUGCCACUGUUGACAGAGACGUCAACUUUUCAUUUCGACUAUUUGAUAUUUGGGACGAAUUCGUUUUGUGCGUUUGCGUUGAAUUUAGCCGUGUUCUUGUUGGUGGAUAAGACUUCGGCCUUAACUAUGAAUGUGGCGGGUGUUGUUAAGGACUGGUUGUUGAUUGCAUUCUCUUGGUCCGUAAUUAAGGAUAAGGUGACGCUCAUGAAUUUGUUCGGAUACGGAGUUGCUUUUAUGGGGGUUGCUUAUUAUAAUCAUACCAAACUGGUAGCUCUCAAGGAGGCAGAAGCGCAGAGAAGAGCUCAAGCAGCCGAUAAGGAGGCCGCUGGUAGGUUGAUGGACCAACACAACGAAGAGAACUGAAGCCAUUUGAUAACACAAUAUCGAAAUCUACAUUUUUAUUUUAGUUUUUGUUUAU